GGGACUACAUACUCCAUGUCGUCAGUUUUCCCUUCCUCUUGUCCCGGUCGCACGUUUUUACCAAUUCCUAUUUAAUAAACCCUUUUGAGUUAAACUGCCAAUAUUCAUACUACUACAAGCAUGGCUGAAGUUGUCGAAGAUAUGAAGGGACUUGCUAUCGGUCCUGGAGAAACUUAUACUUCCGAGAAGCACGGCAGUGACGAAAAUGGUGAGGGCACACAGGAAAAACCCUAUAAAACGGUCCUUGAAGCUUUACGCCGUGCUGGACAAGAACCUUUCCCGGCAAUUUUUGUUGAUGGCAAAACAGAAGAUAAGAAAUACGAGCCAGCAUCUGCAUCAUCUAUGAAGAAGAUGAUUAAGGUGUUCAAGAUAGAGCAAAAGAAAACCAAUGAAAAGGCAAAGAAGGAGGCUGAAGAUGCAGAGAAAAGAGGAAAGAACUUGGAAGAGGCAAAGAAGAUUGUAAUUAAAGAAGAUGCCUCUUUACCACCUGCCCAGUUGGCAAAGAUUUCAAAAUUGGAGCCGUUUAGAGGGCAACGCGUCAAAGUAUUUGGCUGGGUCCACAGGCUACGACGCCAGGGAAAAGCUUUGAUGUUUAUUACACUGCGAGACGGAACUGGACUCCUGCAAUGCGUUCUUUCGGAUCAGCUCUGCCAGACCUACGAUGCGGUUACUCUAAGCACUGAGUCGUCCGUGCAGCUAUUCGGCACAUUGAAACUCGUGCCGGAGGGUAAAAGCGCUCCGGGAGGUCAUGAGUUGAAUGUUGACUACUGGAAGCUUAUAGGAUCGGCACCCCCUGGAGGAGCUGAAGCUUUACUAAACGAAGAUGCCCAUCCGGAUGUUCAGCUCGAUCAGAGACAUAUGAUGAUUCGCGGUGAAAAUACUUCUAAAGUGUUAAGGCUUCGUUCUGUAAUUACGCAAGCCUUUAGAGACCACUACAGUUCCCGCGGCUACAACGAAGUAGCUCCGCCCACGUUUGUGCAAACUCAAGUUGAAGGUGGCUCCACUUUGUUCGAGUUAAACUAUUUUGGUGAGAAGGCGUACUUGACCCAGAGUUCUCAGCUGUACUUGGAGACGGCAAUUCCAGCUUUAGGAGAUGUUUACUGCAUCGCCCAGUCUUAUCGUGCGGAGCAGAGUCGGACACGUCGUCAUCUUUCAGAGUAUUCACAUGUUGAAGCUGAAUGUCCCUUUAUCUCAUUUGACGACCUCCUUGAUCGACUUGAAGACUUGGUUGUUGACGUCAGUGAGCGCGUCAUGGCAUCGCCGUAUGCCAACCUCGUUCUCGAGUUGAAUCCCACAUUCGUCGUUCCUAAGAAACCUUUCCGACGCAUGAACUACUCGGAAGCUAUUGUGUACUUGAAAGAAAAUGGCAUCACCAAGGAAGACGGCUCCUUUUACGAAUUUGGAGAGGAUAUUCCUGAAAUGCCUGAGCGCAAAAUGACGGAUAAAAUCAACGAGCCAAUUAUGCUCUGUCGUUUCCCUGCUGGGAUAAAAGCUUUUUACAUGAAACGUUGCCCUGAAGAUCGCCAACUUACUGAAUCGGUGGAUCUGCUAAUGCCAGGAGUGGGUGAAAUUAUCGGCGGCUCCAUGCGUACCGACGACCACGAUGAGCUAGUCGAAGCCUUCAAAGCGGCUGAUAUUGAUCCUACUCCAUACUACUGGUACAUUGAUCAGCGGAGAUUUGGAACAUGCCCCCACGGUGGAUACGGUCUGGGCUUGGAGCGUUUUCUCUGUUGGAUGCUGAACCGUUACCACAUCCGCGAAGUCUGCUUGUAUCCUCGUUUCUUGGAGCGCUGCAAGCCAUAAAGUAAUGUUCAUCACGCUCUGAUAAAAGGAGUUGGGGAGAGGGGACAUCAACCCAGGCAUAAGCUGAAUAUAAACAAUGAGUAAGAAACGACUCAUUCUUUAUAAAUGAUCAGAAAUGGGGGGAAUACAUUAUUUGGAUUUGUUGGUGCGGGAAAUACACACUCGUUCAGCAGAA